UUCGAGGUGUGCUGAAUUAAGAGACGCUUCUUGAAAAAGGUUGUGCUGAAACAAAGUAAACGAUCUUCGGGAUUCAAAGGAUUAUUUUCCAAUGGUAUUAGAUCCUGAAAGGGAGCGAGACACCAGUCAGAGACCAGUCAGGGAGGAGGGCAGAGGUGUGGAGGGGACACUGAACCAGAAUUCUGCAGCAAUGGAGAUUUCUGACUCAGCCAGUGAAUGUGAGGAGAGGCCCAGUUCUAGCCCAAUGGAGACAGAGGAGAGGUCCUUCAUAGCCAGUUUGCACUGUUUCAUGAAGGACCGAGGCACACCCAUUGAGAGGAUACCACACUUGGGCUUUAAGCAGAUUAACCUGUGGAAAAUCUACAAAGCUGUUGAGAAGCUUGGCAGUUACGACUCUGUGACAUCGCGGCGGCUGUGGAAGAAUGUGUAUGAUGAGCUGGGCGGCAGCCCAGGCAGCACCAGCGCUGCUACCUGCACCCGCAGACACUAUGAGAGGCUUGUUUUACCCUUUGAGAGACAGUUGAGGGGGGAGGAGGACAAACCUCUGCCUCCGAGCAAACCACGCAAACAGUACAAGAGGAGUCCAGAUGGCAAGGGGAGCAAGUCUGAGGUCAAGAGGAAGAGGCCCCAUCUGGAAAAGGAGACAGACUCUGAGGGCCAGGUACAUUCUACUCCAUUGUCUUCAUGGACUACUCCAUCUGAAAGGCUCCACCCAGACCAUCCUCCACCAAACAGUGAGACUACCGUGUGUGACGACCUCUCUUCCUCAGCAUGCACCCUAUCUCACCCAGCCCAGGGCCCUACUUCAUGCCCCUGGAGAGGAAGUCAGCUCCAGUCUGCUGCUGCAGAUAUCAUCUCUCCUCUGGAGAAGAAGAAGCGUAUGGCCCAGGCCAGCCUGAGCCAGUCCCAGGACUCCCAGAGCCCCAGACAGGGGGACUGUAAGGGCAGGCCCUCUGUGAUCCACUGCUCCCAGUCCCCAGGGCUGCUCCCUCCCAGCCGGACACGCACUACCUCUGAGGGCUCUCCUCUCCCUCCGUCGUCCUCCUCCUCCCGUAGCCCGUCCCCCUACUCCAUCUCUUCUGAGGACUGUCCAGCACUAACUGAAGACAGGCCGCCAGUACCAAAACCAGAAGUACCCGUUCAUUUUUCCAGCAACCCUAUAUCUGCCCACAGUGGGGUCCACAAGCCUCGGACCUGCAGCCCUGAUGUCAAGGAAUAUGUUGGCUUCCCUGGAGGACAAAGAGAUUUCCCUCAGGUCAGCCCCCUACCAGUUGAAACCGUCUCUAUCAAAGGUCAGAGUAAAAACUCUGUAUGGAGCCCAGUCUGCAAUGGGAGUAACAGACGUCCAGCUCACCAGAUACACCCACCAACGUCUUGCACAUAUACUGUUAGAUCUUGCUUGGUUCCAUCCACCUCCAGUUUCACCAAGGUUUAUCCCAAGUCUAUGGAGUCUUUGCGGCCUAUACCCUUUCAGCCAGGUUACACAUUCCAUCAGAACCCAAAUAGGCCCAUGUUGCAUGAUGACGGUCUGAUCUAUAAGAAGAAACUACAUAUGGUCCCUCGACAUUAUCAGAUGGAGAAAAAGGAGAAGUCCAGGACCAUGUUGCCCAAGCCACUUCCAACUCAACAACCUGUGUUCCACCCUAAUGCCAGCAUUCCAGUGUCCUACCUCAUCCCAGCCUAUGACAGGACAAGGGGAGACUCUGGGCAGAAGCCACCUGUACACCCUCUCUUUCUACCUACCCACGUCAGACUGUCCCAGUCCCAGACCAACCCUAUGUACCGCCAUGCCCCAACGGGACACACCCAUACUUCCUCUUAUGAGCCUGCUCUCUACUCCUAUCCCUAUCACAUUCCUAUGUGUAAUCCCCAUACUGGAUACAGCAUCACUGGUGUACAUUAUCCUCACACCAGGCUUUGAUAGCCCAGCCUAACUCUCAGAGCCUAUUGACAAUGUGACAAGUCAAACAGAGGUAAUGACAGUACCUGCUUCGUUCUAGACAUUUUCUAAACUUGCCUCGAACACCGCUGCAUUCUAUGUGAGUGAUCAACAGAGAAACAUUGUUGUGAUUAUUAUGCUGAGAUGUGCUCCCCUCCAUGGCAACUGACAGAAUUGCACUAAUAAAAAGGGCUAGACUUUCUGUAUUUGUAACAAUAACCUUGAGGUUUACUGCUAUGCACAUGUAUUUUUUAUGGUAUGAUCAAAUCAUUUUACAUGGAUAUAAUAUAUGAAACAACACAGAUUUAUUUUUCUAUUUCUGAAUAAAAUCUAAAAUAA